AUGGGAGAAUACAUCCAGUCGUCUUCAGAGCCCUUCCUCGUCGCCGUGUGCGGCCUUGGACUUCGUGCUCCCGGUGGCAUCCGGAAUGCUACUGACUACUGGGACCUCCUUGUGAAUGGUAGGGAUGCCAGGGGACCGAUUCCAGACACCCGCUACAACAUUGAUGGCUUCAACGACUCUCUUGGCGGUAAGAACACGAUCAAGACCAGGUUUGGAUACUUCCUCACCGACGAUCUCACCCGCAUCGACACCUCACUCUUUUCAAUGUCUCGCAAGGAGGUUGAGAGGUGUGAUCCCCAGCAACGACUUCUCCUCGAGGUUGCCAGAGAGGCUCUCGAAGAUGCCGGCGAAACCAAAUAUCGCGGGGAGCGCAUCGGCUGCUACGUUGGCACUUUUGGAGACGAUUGGGCGCAGAUCGCUGGUAAGGAGACUCAGCAUCAAGGUGGACUAGGCUACGUUGCCACUGGAAAUGGCGACCUCAUGCUCUCGAACCGUGUUUCGUACGAGUACGAUCUCAGGGGCCCUAGUAUGACAAUCAAGACUGGAUGUUCCGCUUCACUCGCUGCGCUUCAUGAAGCAUUCCGGUCGAUUCAAAACGGCGAUGCAACCGGUGCUAUCAUCGGGGGGACCAGCUUGAUCAUGACCCCAACCACCACCGCUGCCUUUACGUCUGAAGGAAUCUUGUCCCCUGAUGGUUCAUGUAAGUCAUUUGAUGCCAAGGCUGACGGCUUCGCUCGGGCGGAAGCAAUCAACGCCAUCUACAUCAAGCCUCUUUCAUCAGCCAUUCGUGACGGCAACGCCAUCCGAGCUGUGAUCAGAGCAACAGGAGCCAACAGCGACGGCCACAGCCAGGGACUAUUCACACCCAACCAGGUAGCUCAGGAGGCCUUGAUGCGGAAGGUCUACCGGGAUGCCGGCUUGGACCCAUCUCAGACUGCUUACGUUGAGUGCCACGGAACCGGAACUGCGACCGGUGACCCGAUUGAGACAUCAGCGGUAGGCGAGGUCUUUGGCGAGAAGGGCGUCUACAUCGGCUCCGUCAAGCCCAACGUGGGUCACUCCGAGGGUGCUUCGGGAUUGAACAGCUUGAUUAAGGCGGUUCUUGCCCUGGAGCACAAGACCAUCCCGCCAAACAUCAAGUUCAACGAGCCGAACCCCAAGAUACCAUUCGCCGAGAAGAAACUUGUUGUUCCUACUCAGCCAACACCCUGGCCAGCUGACCGAGCUGAGCGGAUCAGCAUCAACUCCUUUGGUAUUGGUGGCACAAAUGCCCACGUUAUCCUCGAGUCCUACGGUAAGGAGAGGCCUGUCGCAAAUGGACAUGGGACAUCUCGCCCCGAGUUGCUGCUUGUGUCCGCGAACACCGCUGCUUCGCUGAAGGAGCAGGUGGAGCGAUACCAGGAGUUCAUCACUUUGCAUCCGGAUGUCGUCCAGCGAGACGUCGCCUACACACUGGCAACGAAGCGAGAGGCUCUGCCCCACAGAGCCUUCACCAUUGCCCAUGGCGAGAAUAUUAUCGAAACGUCAGCUCCUGUGAAAGCGCCCAGCAAAGCCCCCGAUGUUUACUUUAUCUUCAGUGGACAGGGUGCCCAGUGGCCUGAGAUGGCCAAGCAGCUGGUCGCUACUGAUCCUCUGUUUGAAGCUGGUCUGAAGAAAAUGGAUGAAGUUCUCAAGGGCCUUGCACAUCCGCCAAGAUGGUCUAUCAUUGAUGAACUUCUCAAGCCUGCCGCCACGAGUCUAAUCGGCACAGCGGAGCUAUCUCAACCUCUGUGCACGGCCAUCCAACUUGCGCUUGUCAACAGGCUUCGGGAAGCGGGUGUCAAGCCAACCGCAGUCGUCGGACACUCCAGCGGUGAGAUCGCAGCUGCAUACGCCGCAGGUGCCAUCACUCUGGAAGCAGCCAUCAUCUGCGCAUACUACCGCGGUUAUGUCACCAAGCAACAGACACUUGCUGGCGCCAUGGCUGCUGUUGGUUUGGGCCCAGAGGGUGUUUCCAAAUUCCUCGCCGAUGGCGUCGUCGUGGCAUGCGAGAACAGCCCUCAAAGCAGCACCAUCUCUGGUGAUAAGGAGAAGGUCAUGGAGGUCGUCUCACGAAUCAAGGCUGAAAUGCCUGACGUGCUGGCUCGUCCCUUGAAGGUUGACAUGGCAUACCACUCACAUCACAUGGCUGCUCUGGGGAAGACUUAUACCGCACUUCUGGAGGCUGAACUUCAGAACAUUGGAGCAUGGUCCAGAUGUGCUACUUCAUUGUUCUUCUCGAGCGUGGAAGGCCAGGUGCUAGAACAGGACUUUUGUUUCAGUCCCGAAUAUUGGCGAACCAACCUGGUUUCUCCGGUCCGGUUUUCCACGGCGGUCUCCCACCUCAUCGAAAGCCAAGGUGAUGGCUUCUUCUUGGAAAUCGGCCCCCAUUCAGCGCUCGCCGGACCACUGCGACAGAUUUGCUCCCAAGCCUCUCGUCCAUGCAACUAUGCAUCUUGUCUCAUCAGAGGAGAUGAUGGCGUCAAGACGUUACUCUCCUGCUACGGCAGGCUCUUCCAAGAAGGCGUCCAACUCAACCUCGGCGCCCUCUACUCCGGUGGCAAGACUCUCAACGAUCUACCCACCUAUGCAUUUGACCACAUUCUCUCAUUGUGGUAUGAAAGCAGAGUCUCCCAGGCAUGGCGACAGCGCAAGUAUCCUCACCAUGCCCUCCUGGGAGCCCGUGUUCCCGAGUCGCCUGACACUGCGCCCCAGUGGCGCAACAUUCUGUCUCUGGAAGACGAGCCAUGGAUCGUUGACCACAAGGUCAAACAAGACAUCGUAUAUCCCUUUGCCGGCUACGUUGCAAUCGCUGGUGAAGCAGUCCGCCAGAUGACUGGGGUCAAUGCGGGCUACAGCAUCAGGCACACUGUAGCUCAUUCGGCCCUGGUUUUGAACCACGAGAAGGCAGCUGAGUUGAUGACGACUUUGCGCCGCCACCGUCUGACGGACUCCGAUCACUCAGAGUGGUUCGAGUUUACCAUUGCAUCGUACAGCGGAGCCACCUGGACGAAGCAUUGCGAAGGACAGGUCAAGGUUCUUUAUGAUGAACUCCCAAGCACUCUUGUCCGCAAAGAUUACCCCCGCAAGGUGGUCUCUUCCCGGUUCUACGAUUACAUGGGAGAGGUCGGCAUCAACUUUGGUCCCGAGUUCCGCCGCCUGGAGAAUGUCACGUCAUCAACCACCGAGGCUCUUGCUUCGGCGGAUAUCAUUGUGCCCGACGAAGAGAUGAGAAAGCCGUAUGUGAUGCAUCCGGUGGCCAUCGAUGCUUGUUUCCAGCUCCUGAUACUCUCCUACGCCAAGGGUCUCGGACGCAACGUCACGCAGUUGUCGGUCCCGACUCUCGUCGGAAGUCUGGAUAUCCGCCGUGGCGAGGGCUCGUUGACCGCGAGGGCAUGGGGAGCUUCCGCCACCGAGUCAGAAGGAGUUGAGUGCGCUUCCGACGGAAAGACAGCCCUGCGCCUCAGCGGCUUCAAGCUCACUGCUCUUGAGGAGUGCGACGACGCUGACCAUGAUGAGUACGCGGCCGCCAGACUCGAAUGGCUUCCGGACUUUGACUUCGUUGACGUCGCCCCUCUGUUUAAGCCACCGCCUUCCGAUCGCGAAGAGGCUCGAAUGAUCGAGGCACUGACCCUGCUCUGUAUCAUCGAGAGUUGCGAGAGGCUUCGCGGACUGAGCCCCACACAACCUCACUUUGCGAAGCUGAGAGACUGGAUCGAAAGGGAGGUUCACGGGGCGAGGGAGGGAGGGAACGUGCUGGUCCCAGACUCUGCGAAGUACCUGGAGCUCACCCGUGAAGAGCGCCGCGCCAAGUUGGAAGAUCUUCACAGGAGACUCUUGAACGGCAACAAGUCCGGCCUUGUCGAAGGUCUCAAGCGUGUCGUCGACAACACCGAGCGCAUCUUCAAGGGCGAAGCCGAGACCAUUGACAUAUUGAUGGAGGGCGGCGUUCUAGCUGAGCUGUACAAUGCUGUCAGCUUUGGCUACAGUGACUUCGUCAAGCUGAUGUCCAGCACCAAGCCGAAGCUUCGCAUUCUGGAAGUCGGCGCUGGCACCGGUGGUACGACAGAGCUCAUCUUGCGCGACCUCAUGCACGAGGGUGGGCUUCCCCGGUAUUCCAGCUAUACUUUCACCGACGUUUCCGCAGGCUUCUUCCCGCAAGCCAAGGAGCGCUUCGCAUAUGCUCCAAACAUGGAGUACAAGGUGUUCGACAUCUCCAAGGACCCUCUCGAGCAGGGCUUUGUUGAGUCUUCUUACGAUGUCAUCUUCGCGGCCAACGUCGUCCACGCGACACCAUCGCUGAAAGACACCUUGAGCAACCUAAGCAAGGUCCUCAAGCCGGGCGGUGCUCUCGUUCUGACCGAGAUCUGCACUGAGCUCCGCUCUCCGACGUACAUCUUUGGCAACUUCGUCGGGUGGUGGCUCGGUGAGGAUGAUGGUCGUCUGUAUGCCCCUUACGUCCCUCCUUCGCGUUGGCACGACGAGCUUCUCGCUUCUGGCUUCACCGGUGUCGAGACGGCCGUCUAUGAUGAAGAUGCGCCGUAUAUGUGCUGCACCACCAUCAUGUCAAGGAAAUGCCGAGAUUUGCCUCCGCGAACAACAUCGGUAACUCUGGUUACUACUGAUGCUGAAGGUGAUGUCGCACGGUCGCUUUCUAGUUCCUUGAAGGACGCCGGAUUCUCAGUCACCCGUAUCGGCCUUGGCGACCCCCUCCCCAAGGACCAAGACAUCAUCUCCUGCGUCGACAUCGAGAGAAACCUCUUUGAAAACAUCAACCAAGACGACUUCUACUCCUUCCGAGACCUAAUCCGCGGACAAGGCGUUGACCAGAAUCUUCUCUGGCUCACGAACCCCGUCCAGGUCAAGUGCAAGGAUCCUCGCUCGGCGCAAACCAUCGGUGCUGCCAGAACCAUCCGCACCGAGCUGGCUGUUCCCUUCCAUACGUUGGAGAUCAGCAAAGAUGAGCCCCAAUUCAACGAUCUCGUCCUGAAGGUUUUCGGGAAGAUUCGCCGCGAGGAGGAUGAUGAUAAUCUGGUGUCCGACAAGGAAUUCGUCGUCGACAAUGGCACGAUCUGCAUCGGCAGGUACCAUCCGUUCUCGCUACAGGAGGAGUUGUCGCAGCGGAGCAUCGCUGGCCAAGAGACCAUCCAUUCUCUGCAGAUUGGCAAGAUUGGCAGCAUUGAGUCUCUGUCCUGGGCUGAGCAAGCAUUGCCUCAGUCCAUCCCCGCCGACACCAUCGAAGUCGAGCCCAAGUCCAUCGGUCUCAACUUGAAGGAUGUUCUCACGGCCAUGGGUGUCAUAAACCCUGUUGGCAGCGUCCAGAUGGAGCUCGGCAUUGAACUCGGCGGAGUCGUCACUCGCGUCGGCUCAGACGUGAACGAGUUCAAAGUCGGCGAUCGCGUCUUCGCCUUUGCACCCGAGGGGUGUCUGGCCACCAAGGCCGUUCUCCAACGCUACCACGCCGCCAAGCUUCCUGACAACCUCAGCUUCCAAGACGCAGCAGGUGUUCCGGUUGUGUUCGCGACCGUGAUCCAUGGCCUCAUCAACAUCAGCCACCUCCAGAAAGAUCAGUCGGUCCUGAUUCACGCUGGAUGUGGUGGUGUCGGUCUAUCUGCCAUCCAGAUCUGCCGCAUGAUCGGAGCAGAGAUCUUCGUUACAGUUGGAAGUCCCGAUAAGGUUGAGUACCUCGUGAGCACCUACGGUAUCCCGCGCAACCGCAUCUUCAACUCCCGAGACGAGUCCUUCUUGGACGGCGUCAUGAGAGAGACUGGCGGUCGCGGUGUCGACCUCGUGCUCAACUCUCUGACGGGGCCACUGCUUCAUGCUUCAUGGAAGUGCGUCGCAGAAUUCGGCACAAUGAUCGAGAUUGGAAAGCGUGAUCUUCUAGGCUACGGCAAGCUAGAUCUCAACCCCUUCAUCGGCAGCCGGCAGUAUGUCGGCUUUGACGGCGUGCAGUUUGCCAGAAAGAGACCUAGGUACUUCCGCCAGCUGUUGGAACAGUUCCUCGGCUAUUGGGAGCAAGGACAUAUCCGUCCCAUUCCCGAGCAGACUCACUUCCAUGCAAGUGAUAUUGUCAAUGCAUUCCGUCACUUGCAGCAUGGCAGCCACAUUGGCAAGGUCAUCGUGUCGAUGGACGACCUCUCUGCUCAGGUCGAUACCAAGCCGCUUGCAAAGUCGAUCAAGUUCGACCCGGAGGCUACCUAUCUCUUGACGGGAGGUCUCGGAGGUCUGGGCAAGUCCAUGUCAACAUGGUUGGUUGAGCACGGCGCCCGCCAUUUGACAAUCAUUUCCCGGAGUGCGGGCGUCAGCGAUGAGAGCAAGACUGCCAUAGAGGAGAUUGAGUCUCUGGGGGCCAAGGUUGUAACGGUUGCUGGUGGAGUUGAAAACAUGGAGGAUGUGAAGGCUGCUGUCAGCGCAUCAUCCAAGCCGAUCAAGGGCGUGUUCCAUCUGGCAAUGGUGUUGAGAGACAGUCCGAUGGUCGAAAUGACUUGGGAACAAUGGGACCAAGUGGCAAAGCCAAAGGUCACCGGCGCUUGGAACCUGCACCACGCGCUCGAGAGCCAGCCUUUGGACUUCUUCUGGCUUGCCAGCUCCGUCGUCACCGUCGUCGACCAGCCGGGUCAAGGCAACUACAGCGCCGCAAGCACAUACCUUGAAGCCUUCACCCAGUACCGUCUCGGGCUCGGCCUGCCGACUGCCAUCUUGAACAUCUGCCCCAUCAAGGGCGUAGGCUUCGUCGCUGAAAGUGCCGUUGCCCAGCGCAACACCAAAGCUCAGGGCAUCUACUUCCUCGGCGAGAAGGAGUACCUUGAUUACGUGGAACACUCCAUCCUUGCCGCCAAGGGAAACCUGGCUGCGUAUGAGGCGAGCCCGUCGAGCCGCCCGCCCAAGGCCUGGAAGAACGAGAGCCAGGUUGUGAUGGGUCUUCGAUCCGAACUUCAUCUGGAGGAUCCCAACAACCGCUGCAACUGGCGACGCGACCGCCGCAUGGGUGCCUAUCACAACAUCCGCAACAGGCAGGCCGACGAGUCGGGCGGUGAUUCUAGUGCUCUCAAGACAUUCUUGAACCAAGCCUCGGAGACCCCGGAUCUUCUUUCAGACAAAGCGAACAUCGAAUUCCUGGCGCAGGAGAUUGGUGCAAAGGUGUACGACUUUAUGCUCAAGCCUGGCGAAGAUGUCGACACGAGCUUGAGUUUGGCGCAGAUUGGCCUUGAUUCGCUGAUGGCGACUGAGCUGAGGCGGUGGUUUAGACAGCUGCUGGGCUUGCAGGUGAGCGUGCUAGAGAUCAUGGCGUCGGGGUCUUUAUUCCAACUAGCAGAAACGGCUUCCACAGCAUUGAAGAACAAGGCGUUGGGUUCAUCAUGA